AUGGGUGCAGGUGGUCGUCAGGCCGUCGUGGAUGCAGAUGGCCGUCAGGCCGUCAUGGGAUCAGAUGGUCAUCAGGCCGUCGUAGGUGCAGACAGUCGUCAGAUCAUCGUAGGUGCAGACAGUCGUCAGGCCAUCGUGGGUACAGAUGGUCGUCAGGCCAUCGUGGGUACAGAUGGUCAUCAGGCCAUCGUGGGUACAGAUGGCUGUCAGGCCGUCGUGGGUGCAGAUGGUCGUCAGGUCGUCGUGGGUGCAGAUGGUCGUCAGGCUGUCGUGGGUGCAGAUUGUCGUCAGGCCGUCGUGGGUGCAGAUGGUUGUCAGGCCAUCGUGGGUGGAGAUGGUCGUCGGACCAUCGUGGGUUCAGACAUUUGUCAGGCCAUCGUGGGAGCAGAUGGUCGUCUGGCCGUUGUGGGUACAGACGGUCGUCAGGCCAUCGUGGGUACAGAUCGUCGUCAGGCCAUCGUGGGUACAGAUUGUCAUCAGGCCAUCGUGGGUACAGAUGGUCGUCAGGCCGUCGUGGAUGCAGAUGGUUGUCAGGCCGUCGUGGGUGCAGACGGUCAUCAGACCAUCGUGGGUGCAGACGGUCGUCAGACCGUCAUGGGUACAGAUGGUCGUCAGGCCAUCGUGGGUUCAGACAGUCGCCAGGCCAUCGUGGGUGCAGACGGUCGUCAGACCAUCGUGGGUUCAGACAUUUGUCAGGCCAUCGUGGGAGCAGAUGGUCGUCUGGCCGUUGUGGGUACAGACGGUCGUCAGGCCAGCGUGGGUACAGAUCGUCGUCAGGCCAUCGUGGGUACAGAUUGUCGUCAGGCCAUCGUGGGUACAGAUGGUCGUCAGGCCGUCGUGGGUGCAGAUGGUCGUCUGGCCGUCGUGGGUGCAGAUGGUCGUCAGGCUGUCGCGCAACAGACAGUUUCACUCUUUGACACCACUGAUGAAAUUUUUGAAUGA